AUGGCCAAAGCACGUGUUAAGAAGCGCACCCACCUCCGGCCGCAGAAUGCCUCCUCGUCGUCAAACAAGGCCGGCGCCGCUUCAAUGAACAAGACCCCCAAGUCUAUGGUCAUUCGAGUAGGCGGUUCGCAGGUUGGUACCAGUGUUAGCCAAUUGGUCAAGGAUGUCCGACGGAUGAUGGAGCCCGAUACAGCAGUGCGAUUGAAGGAACGCAAAUCCAACCGACUGCGCGAUUACACCGUCAUGGCCGGUCCCCUCGGUGUCACACAUUUGAUGCUCUUUUCCAAGUCCAGUACCGGUAACACCAACAUGCGUCUUGCAGUAACACCUCGUGGCCCGACUAUGCACUUCCAAGUUGAGAAUUAUUCGCUCUGCCGAGACGUGGAGCGGGCAAUGAAGCGCCCCCAGAGUGGUGGUCAGGACCACAAGACACCACCUCUGCUGGUGAUGAAUAACUUCACCACUGCAGAUGCGACUGAGGACUCGAAGGUGCCGAAGCGCCUCGAAUCUCUUACCACCACAAUCUUCCAAUCCCUUUUCCCUCCUAUCAAUCCGCAAGCUACCCCCCUUCACUCUAUCCGCCGUGUCAUGUUGUUGAACCGCGAGCCUGAGGCUGAGAAUGAUGGCUCUUAUGUCCUGAGCCUACGACACUACGCCAUUGCUACAAAGAAAACCGGUGUGUCAAAACGUAUCCGCCGCUUGGACCCCAAGGAAAUCCGAAACAGAGAAAAGAAGAAGGCCGCUAUUCCUAAUCUUGGUAAAUUGGAGGAUGCUGCCGACUAUCUGCUCGAUCCCUCUGCAGCGGGUUAUACAUCUGCUUCCGAGACUGAGCUGGAUACCGACAACGAGGUAGAGGUCCUGGAGAGCACCACCCGGAGAGUUCUCAACAAGCGCGAGCAGCAACGCCAAAAGGCUGCAGAGAAGGGUGAGAAGAAGGCUGCUGCUGUACCCGGUGUGGAGAAGCGGGCUGUAAAGCUGGUCGAAUUGGGACCCCGUCUGAAGCUUCGAUUGAUGAAGGUCGAGGAUGGUGUCUGUGAUGGCAGAGUUAUGUGGCACGACUAUGUGACCAAGACUGAGAAAGAGAAGAGAGCCCUGGAUCAGAGCUGGGCCGUUCGCCGCAAGGAGAAAGAGGCUAGAAAGAAGCAGCAAAGAGAUAAUAUUGAGAAGAAGAAGGCCGAAAAGGCCAAGGCCAGAGGCAGGGGUGAGAAGGUAGACGACGAUGAGGAGGAUGAGGAGAUGAUCGAUGAUGAUGAUGAGGCUGAUUGGCUCAGCGAUGACUUUGGUGAAGAAGCCGAUGAGGGUGAUGAUUCUGAGCCUGAAGCUGGGGCUGACUCUGACGAGUCUAUGGAGGAGUAA